AAGUUCAAAGAUACUACAGAUGUCUUAAAAAUCGAUUUAAAAUAAUACUUUUUUAAAUUGUACUUUUUUUCAAUUAAAGUUAAAAAAUAAAAUCAAGCGGCAACAAAUGAAUGAAUGAACGAGGACACAGCACAUCAUCGUGCGUUAUCUUCUGGACUAAGUGGUGUCAUGUCCACCGUCCUUACUGCCACGGCCGUCGCUUUGAAAAGAAAGAGAUUAGUAAAGAGUUCUGUUUCCUUUUUCCAUCCAUCCUUCUCUUUCCCCUCUCUCUCUCUCUCUCUCUCUCCUCUCUCUCUCUCAGUCUCAGUCUCUGGUCAAGUUCAGUGCGCUCUUCCCUGGACCGGACGGACGCCUCUUAUUGGUAGGUUGCGACAGUUACAUCACGGCGCUCAUGACGCGCACGUCUUCCUGUUUCCUUCAGCCGCGUCUUAAAGUGAAUCUUAGUGGCGGAGGAGCGCUUCAGCAUCCACAGCUCUGCAUCCAGUGCGCCUCGGAGACGCACGAGCUCAGCGUCGCUCUCUCGCUCUUUCUUUCUGUCUCUAACACUCACUUUCUAUGUCUCUCGCUCUCUCAGUCACAGCAGGGCACCGAGGGGAGACACCGACGCGCGAGAAGAACAACUCUUCCCAUCUUCUGUCUUUUGCCCAUUUUCUUCCUUUCGCUCGCGUCGCUGACUUUCUCCCUCGCGGUCCUCCUCCUCCUGCGACAAGGUCUCGGCUCUCAGCGGCAGAACGCGCUCCGUUCCAUCCACAUUAUCCCCGUCUUUUGGCCGCAGGAGUCCAGUUUGUGCUCCCUCUCUCCAUUUAAAGGGUAUUCAGAGGUAUUAAUCAAAGCGGACUGGGUUUAUGGGAUAUGGCCCAAUAGCAGGAGCCCGUGAUGCCGGACCAUGACAGCGACUCCUUUCUGAACAGACAGACCAAGCGAAGACGUGUGGACAUUGGUGUAAAGAGGACCGUGGGUAGCACUGCCUCCGCAGCAGCAGCAGCCACAACAGUGACCACAGAUAGCAUUGCUCGCGCCAAAGCUGCCAUUUUCAGUGCCAUGAACUCUCUGAGUUCCCACUCUCACCACGGACCAGACACAGACUCCAUGGAGUGCUCUGUGGUGCAGCCACAUGGUGACAGCGAGUCCAAGUCCAAUGUACUGAGAAAGCUACUGAAGAGGGCUAACUCAUACGAAGACACAAUGAUGCCCUUUCCUGGCACCACCAUCAUCUCUCAGCUUCUCAAAAACAACAUGGCAAAAAAUGGAGGAGGGCCGGAGAGGUUGGAAAGAGGAGACAGAGGUGACAGGGUAGAAUCAGGCUUUCCUGGAUCAGGGCUCUCAAAUGCAAGCUCAGAUCCUCCUCAUGAGGACGCAUGCAGUAACUCAUCUCAAGGAAGCACUCCUCAAGAGUGCCUGUCCCCAUUUGGCCGCCCUCCUGGCCUGGCCACUUUUGACAUUGAACGCCUCAACGAUGAACACCUGCGUGCCAAACGGGCCCGGGUGGAGAACAUUAUACGAGGCAUGAGCCAUUCCCCUAGUGUGGUGGUGCCUGCUAUUUCCCGGCACGAACGUGACCAUGAGAUGGACAGGGAGCGGGAGAUGGAGCUCAACUGUCCACCUCCUCAGUCUCAGCAACAGGCCCCCAGCAGUCCAAGGGGAGGCGAGGUGUGCAGCAGCAACAGCAGCAGUCGAGAGAACAAACGUAAACAGCGUUUGCCGCAGCAGCAACAGCAGAGCUUCACUCAGUUGGUCUGCCAGAGGAAGGAACAAAAGCAGGAGGAGCGGCGACAGCUGAAGCUGCAGCUGGAGGACAUGCAGAAACAGUUACGUCAGCUGCAGGAGAAGUUCUUUCAGAUCUAUGACUCAACCGAUGACUCAGAACAUACAGACCUCCACAACGACCUUCUCAAUGACAUAGGAAACAUGUCUGAGGACAGCCCAACCAGGUCUGACACUGGCGGUGACGACCGGGGUGGAGAUGACUUGCGCUCGGACAAUGAGGUGUCUGACCUGGACCCAGGCCAUUUUCUGAGCAGGGCACGAGCAUUGCUUCAAGAGCAGGAUUUGCUGGCUGAUGGAGAAAAGCCAAGGAGAGAGGGGAACAGCCGCAGCAAAGCUCAAGGAGGUCCAGGCUCCUCCAUGCAUACUGAAGGAAAACACCUGGCAGAAACACUGAAGCAAGAACUCAACUCAGCCAUGACCCAUGUAGUGGACACAGUGGUCAAAGUGUUCGCUAAACCUCCUCGCCCUACACCUCAGCAGGCCUUCCCCCCACUUUCCAUACCUCCAGACAGAUUCCCUCCUACUGUCAACGGCAACAACCCUAAUUUCCACACCACCAACCAGAGGCUGCAAUGUUUCGGCGAUGUCAUCAUUCCCAAUCCACUUGACACCUUUGCCAGCAUGCCUGGGAUGCCAGGACCCACUAAUGACCAAACAGAAGCGUUGCCCUUGGUUGUCAGGAAGACCCCCAGUGACCACCAUCACCACCACCAGUCCUCAGCUGUGGGCGCUCACGGCGGUCACCACCACCCAGCCCUACACCCAUCUUCUCUCUCAGCCUCCAUGGGUUUCAGUCCCCCAUCAUUCAGACACCCAUUUCCACUGCCCCUCAUGGGCUACCCUUUCCAGAGUUCACUGGGUGCACCCGCGGGUGUUUACCCAGGAAAGGAUCGAUCUUCUCCAGACUCCAUGGACCUGUCCCGGGAGACCACCAGCCUGAGGACAAAGAUGGCUUCAGGUCACCACCUGGGGCACCACCAUCGCUCUUGUUCACCAGCCCACCCUGGCAGCACAGCAGAGAGUCUGUCCCUGUCCCUCAUCAAGUCUGAGUGCAGUGAUCUCCCGGACAUGGCUGACAUCUCACCAUACUCAAGCAGCAAUAUUCAGGAGGGUCUUUCCCCCAAUCACCUAAAGAAGGCAAAACUCAUGUUUUUCUACACACGCUACCCGAGUUCAAAUAUGCUGAAGAUGUUCUUCGCUGAUGUCAAGUUUAAUCGCUGCAUAACCUCCCAGCUGAUCAAGUGGUUCAGUAACUUCAGGGAGUUCUAUUACAUCCAGAUGGAGAAAUUCGCCCGUCAGUCCAUCAACGACGGGGUCACCGGAGCCGACGAGUUGACCGUUAGCCGCGACUGUGAGCUUUUCCGGGCCUUAAACAUGCACUACAACAAGGCCAACGACUUUGAGGUCCCUGACCGUUUCCUGGAGGUGGCUGAAAUCACACUGAGAGAGUUCUUCAAUGCCAUUGUGGCCGGCAAAGACGUGGACCCGUCCUGGAAGAAGGCCAUUUACAAAGUCAUCUGUAAACUGGACAGUGAGGUUCCGGAGAUUUUCAAGUCCCCCAACUGUCUUCAAGAGCUCCUACACGAGUAAAAAAAAAAUCUCCUCCUCACUCAACUGCUUUUUAUGAAUUCACCAAUUUCGUAGAAUUGUAUUCACUUUCCCUCAACAUGAUAUUUGAUUUUUUUUUUCUUUUUUUUGAAAGGUUUUGAAGUAGCAUUCCCUAUCUGAAGCCUUUGAGGCAGUUCCUGAAAGACCUAGCUUUGUGUUAUUAUAUUUUGACCUUAACUAUUGACGAUUAUUAUUUGUUUGUAUUUUUGAUGAGCUGAAUAGACUUGAUUCCUCUUGGGUGUUUUUUUUUUUGGACGGUGUGAUUCCUUAUCUGUUGGCAUUUGUUCUUAUUAUGAUCAACACUAACUCAGUGUGUGUGAAACUAUUAUUAAGAACAUAGUCUGAAUUCCUUUAAAAAGACCACAAUCACACUCAGCCUUGUUGCUCCAGUCCACCGGGUCGUUACACUAAAUGCCCUCUUGACCCCCCCCCUCCCCAAAAAAAGACUGCGCUACUGAAGAUGUCUCACACUGGACUAACACACAUAGACAUACAGCUGCAAACAGAACUCUGACCUACUGAGGCUGUGGCCUGGACUAAGACUGGACCCAUGGUACCAGUCUGUGCUAGUCUGUGGGACUUUUCUCAGCUCUACCAUGUUUUGAAGUGUGUUGUUCCCAGCAGGUAGAACACUGUGUCAUUUGGGUGUAUAAUUUUUUUGAUUAUUAUUAUUAAUAUUAUUAUUAUUAUUGUGUUUAAUGGUUAUUAUUUGUUAUCACUGCUUGCUAAAGAAAUUGGCACUUCACAAUUUGUCUGUCCCUUGAUGGCGCCGCAGAAAAAAAUAAAUUAUUGCUUAAUUUUAUUCCAUGAGGUAGAAGAUUCUGGAAUAUUUUACUACAAUUUCCUACUGUAGUUUAUUCCUCUCUGAAGUUAAAUUUGAUAUUUCAUAUUUAAGUCAUUUGGGUUUUUUUGAAGACAAAAAGAAAGCACAAGUUCAGCAAACAAAAUUUUUUGGAACACAGUUCAACCACAGACCUGCUUGAACUACAGAUAUUUGGAGGAAGGGGAGGAGAAAAGAAAGGCAAUUUCCACAGCAGAUUUUAUGCUUCGAUGCACUAGUACUGUACCCAUCAAACCAUAAAAACAAAUGCUACUUAACUACAUUUCAAAUUAUGGUGGGGUUUUUUAUAAAGUUUUAUAUAAUCAAUAGUUAGCUUCUGCAAAAGCCCAAUAUCAUGGCCGUGAUUUUAACGUGACUCACCUCGGCGAUGAGUACAAUUGGUGAUAAAGUUAUUUCACUAGCAAGUGAUACUUGAAUUUAUUAUGAUACUGUGGAAACGUACGGUGCUGCUGAAACGGUUGGCAUGUAAACAACACAAAGGUAGAAAAAACAGAAGAGAGAGGAAGAACUGUUUUGUCAUUGUUUUAGUCUCCACUAUUUAGGAGCUCAGAAUUUAGACAAUCCUCACGACUUCACAGGAUUAUAAGAAAAAUGAUUCCAAGCAGAACUCAGGCGUUCAUUAAUUCUGCUCUUCAAGAGAACUUAAAUACACACACAAACACACAUUCUUAUACGGCUCCUUACUUCCUUCCCUCCGCGUUCACCUGCCUUUGAGUGAUCUCGCUCGUCUCUCAAUACAACAAUGGUAGGUCAAAGGUAAGCACUCACCCCAGGGGUAGAUGGAGAAGCUUUCAGUACUACAAAGAGCCAGGACAAAGACGCAGAGUGAGGAGCGAUACGCACCUGAAACCCUCCUCCCCUCUCCUCCUCCUCAAUCGUCCCACCAUCCCACGCUGGCAGUAUUUAAGACUCAAAGUAUGAUGAUUCUCUUCAGUCACUAUGCCUACAACGUUGCUAAACACCAUUCCAAUCACAUUUUUUCAAAAAAAGCUUUUCCAGCUGAGUUACACCUGUCGACAGCGUGUCUAUGUUUUUUACCGACCGCCUCGGCCUUUGUGUUACUGCAGUUUUGUUAGAGCUAAUUUGAAGUAAGGACAAGACUUGAAUACUUCCUGUGCAUGUGAACUGGUCAUUGAUCUAAACUCGACAACACGGCCCAAUACUGAGUCUGUGUGUGUGUGUGAGAGGUAGAUCAAAAGAUCAAAAAGGUUGGCAGGUUGCUUAACCUGCUGACUUGUCUAAGUGAGACAAAGCCGCUGACAAAAGGAGGCAGAGAAAGACAGGGAGCAACUCCCUUCAUUAUGUCGUCCCCCUCGCCCCCACUCCUCCUCCUCCCUAGACGGUGUUCUUCUUAAGAUCCCGAGCCCUGAGAGAACAAGCCGGACACUUUUCUCACUGAAGGAUGGGCUUGGCCCUUCAUGUCUCAGAGUCUCAAAGCACCAACCAAGGGUUCUAAAGCAGCCCAGACAAAAGGAGAAGGGAAAGGACACUUUUAUCUGAUGCACAGAUUAUUGUCGCUCCCAUACCCCCGCACUUCCUGCAACCCCACCCUAAUGUUAAAGAGUUUCUGAUCCUAAAAAGAUUACUUCAGGAUAAUGAAGAGCCAUGUGCAGAGAAGGACGGAAGACAAAAGAUUAGCAACACCAUAAUAUUGCAUUCAAAUUUGUUUUCUAUCCUGUUUCCCUUUUAUGGCAUUGUAUGCUAAUUAGGACGUUAUUUAAAUACAUACACAGAAUAGACUUUUUUUAAGAAAUGAAAAAUAUGAUUCUACGAAAAAAUUAUAUUCUGUAGAUCAACUUCUGUGAGCGGGCACUGAUAGGAAUCGUUUCAUAAAGAAAUCUUAAGAAGAUAUUUUUAGUGACUGCUUUGUUUAAUUCUGAAUACGUGACAUGUUGCUAGUCUACGGAGCAAUAGAUGUAGGUUAUUUGCAGGUUUGUGACCAGUUUACCUUAUGGUUAUUUUACCUUUUUGUAAUGUGCUAAAUGGCUGUUCGAAAAAAACAAUACACACUGAAUUUUCAUUUUUUCCUAAAGUAUGAGUCUGUCGUUGUCACUGCUGUAAAUAAUGUCAGGAUGAGACAAAGAAGAGAUGUAUAGUUUUUCUAUAGUCACACAGAAGAAAAAGAGUGGAAAAAUAGAUGCUUUUUUUCCUCUUGGAUGAAACCCGUAACCACUCUUUCAAAAAAGAAAAAAAUUUAACAAAAAGAACAACAUUUUUAUUUUGUUCUUUUCCUUGCCAUGCCUUUAACGGGAUUCUGUUUCCCCAUCGGCAGUGCCCUUGAUGUUGCACCAGCAUCCGUUUCUUAAUUUUUGCUCUACAGAACGAUGCAUCGGGCAAGUGGUCGGGUAAUGAAGAUGUCAGGGAGCGUCCCUCUGGUGGUCAGCGGACCAGCUUUUGUCCAAAAACAGGCAGACAACUCAUCGUCACAAGACGAGCGUCACAAAACGGAACGCACCGCAUUGUACAGUCAUAGAAUAAAUGAAAAAAGAUUUAUAUCCAUUUUUUUUACCGAGUUCAACCAGUUGGGAGAAGUUUUGACGAUGUGGAAUUUCUGUAUGCUUUGCAAUGCGUGUGUGUGUCAGAGAGAGAGAGAGAGAGAGUGAGAGGGAAAAAAAGAUUCUGAGAACCUGUGAACCACUGAGUGACACAAUUCUCAACACUGUGGCCCCACCCCCACCCAUGGGAGUACCAUCCUGACAUGUAAAUGAUUCUCAUUAAGCGUUGGCAAUGUGUGUGUAUGUGUGUGUGUGUGAGAGACAAUUUCCUCUGAUCCGUUUCCUGACCUGUUUGAAAGAGUUUUUUGUUUCACACUGCUUUCCGUAGUAAUCUUUUUUAAUUAAUUAUUAUGAUUAUUAUUACUAUUGUAUUGCUCCUCCAUUUUGUUGUAAAUAUCAAGGACAUGGACUCGCAGCGAUAAAUACUGCCUUUGUACAACUUAGCAAUAUGUUUAUGUAAAUACAGUUUUUGUUGAGUUUUUUUUUGUAUGAUUCGAUCACAGUGCAGUAAUUCCUACUGGAACAGCCAUGUUUUAAACACGGUCAAUAAUUAAACACAGGUUGUAAAAUACAUAAAGAUAUGGCUGUUUUUUUUCUUCUUCUGUUGGUGUCAAUUUGUCUUGGCUUAUUUUGUGUAAUUUAUUGGUUUAAUUUAUCCUAAUUUAUUUGAUGUCAUUUUCUUUUGCUUUGUUAUUUUCCCCCCAAACAGGGAAGGCUGUACUGCAUUUCAUUAAGUAGAACCACUCUAAAUGAUGACGAUCCUUAACUACCUAAAAAGAGGAAAUGUUUUCCAGUUUGCUUAUUGGAGUGACCAGGAAUGAUUAAAUAGUGCUGAGAUUAGGCAGCUAAAUGGAACUGGACAGUUUGGAUUAAAAGGAAAAAAAAAGUCUGAUUCUGUUCCUGAAAAUGGCUGAAAGCCGAAGCAACCUUCUAAGCAGCUUUUGUAUUUUUUUCUUGACCCCCCCAUUACUUUUGGCCAAGCCCAAAAACAACUAGUAGUCAAAUUGCCUUUUGUGCCUUUACCCUCUAUGAACUGAAUGUAUGUGCAGUAUAUAUGCAAGCUUGUGCAAAAUGAAUUAAAAAAAAAUAAAAAAUGAAAACAAAGCAGA